UGCACGCAAUACCGGCGUGAGGUGUGUGUGUGUGUUUUGUCCUUCAGUGUAGCUAUCUCUCUUCCUCUCUCUAUACACACUCACUGCACAUCACCCGCUACAACCACCACACGCGCUCACACACAGUAUCACACAGCUGGUUAGCUUGCUAGCUAACGUUGUUUCUUUCCAACUGACGGCGUUGUGUUUAAAUUUAGUUUUUUUUCGUACUGUUAUGUGUAGACGUGAUUAUCGUUGAAGUAACGGAUUAUCUGCAUCCCUCCUCGGCUGACCGGGAGCUGCCAUGGAAUGCCGUGUUCUGUCCAUACAGAGCCAUGUAGUCCGGGGAUAUGUGGGCAACAAGAGCGCCUCCUUCCCAUUACAGGUUUUAGGGUUCGAGGUGGACUCCAUCAACUCUGUCCAGUUCUCCAACCAUACAGGUUAUUCUCAUUGGAAAGGCCAAGUGUUGACAGCAGAUGAGCUCCAUGUUCUUUAUCAAGGAAUCAAACUGAACAACGUACACCAGUAUGACUAUGUUUUAACAGGGUAUACCAGAGACACAUCCUUCUUGGAGAUGGUAGUGGACAUUGUUCAGGAGCUAAAGAGAGCCAACCCCAACCUGGUGUAUGUGUGUGACCCCGUCCUCGGUGAUCAUGGAUCUAUGUACGUUCCUCAGAAUCUUUAUCCGGUCUAUAAGAACAAGGUGGUUCCUGUUGCUGACAUUAUCACUCCUAACCAGUUUGAGGCUGAAUUAUUGACAGGGAAAAACAUCAGCACAGAGAAAGACGCUGUAGAGGUUAUGGACCUGCUCCAUGCUAUGGGCCCAGACACAGUGGUCAUCACCUCCUCUGAUCUACCCUCCAGGCUGGGAGACCGCUUCCUUGUCUCGCUGGGCAGCCAGCGCCAUGUUCGCCCCGACGGCAGCAGGACGACGCAGAGAGUUCGAAUGGAAGUUCACAAAGUGGACGCCGUCUUUGUAGGAACUGGAGAUUUGUUUGCUGCUAUGCUGCUAGCGUGGACACACCACUACCCUAAUGACCUGAAGAUGGCCUGUGAGAAGACUUUCUCAGUGAUGCAUCAUGUUAUCCAGAGGACCAUUUCGUAUGCUCACGAGUUAGCAGGUCCUGGUCGGAGGCCCAGUCCACCCCAGCUGGAGCUCAGGAUGGUUCAAAGUAAAGCUGACAUAGAAGACCCCGCUAUAGUUAUGGAGGCCAUAGUCCUAUCCUAACAUUAUCGACACAUAAGACUCAUACUAACCUUGUCCUCUUCACCCAUAAAUCUCUCAAAUCCAGUAUCUCGGUGAAUCUCUCAUCACUGUAAACCUUGACUGUCAUUUCCAAACUUCAACACCUCAUCAUCCAGACUCCUCAAAGCCCUUAGUAUUGUAACCCCUGUAGUCCUCUCAGCCUAAACCCUUUACCCCUUUAAGUCCUCAGUGUCCUAACCCCUUAACCUGCAACUCCUACGUCCCUUUACCCAAACCCUGUUUUGAAACUAGAGCCAUGGAUAGACAGAAAGCUCGGUUAGGUUGGACUGUUGCUGCCUCUUCUCUAACCAGGUAUGUGAGUGGACUGCACAGCUGCUUUUUAGAAAGCUGUGGGGUUUAAGUGUCCACAAGCAUAACACAUAACAUGCAGCAUAUAAAAUCCAUGCUGGUAAUACUAACAAACAAAAUAUGAGGGUGAUAAAGUUUAUUGGAAAACCCAUUCAAGGUACAGUCCUCAGCACGAUGGAGGAAUUGAGUUCUAGUUUGUACUCUAUGGAGUAAUAACUCUUCAGUGGGGAGUGUUGAAAAGCAGUUUUUUGCUACCCUCUCUGGCUGGAAGAUUCUCUGGUCUGCUUCACUUCUGUGGGGUGUGGUCAGAGGUGCUCUGUGUGCACCUGUAACCACACCCAGCAGUGAUGUCACAGGGUACUGGCUCACCCUGGAGUACACCUCUACAUCAAUGCAGUGAGAAAUUAAACCACCAAGAGGUUCUGAUUAGGGCUGGGUAUCGCCAAUGAUUUCCCAGAAUCGAUUUGAUCCCGAUUCACAGUGUCCCGAUUCAAUUACAUUUCCAUUCCAUAUCAAUUAGGUUAGGGAAAUUUCAGUUACCGUACACAUUUCGCUUGGAUAUAAAAGAGAUUCUCAGAGCACUUAUGCUGUAAAUUGUACAAGCAAGAAGCAACCCUCAAAUAUUGUUUCAUAAUGCACCAGGUUAGGUUAGGCUAAUUUCCUUAAUUUCCUUGCGGGAGUCAUCCCAAAAGGAUCAAUAAAGAGAAGUCUAAGUCUAAGUUAAUGUUUACAUUACGAAUUGACACCCAAAAAGUUUGUGGUGGGUUAUACAUCCAUUAAAAGAUUAUUUUCAGGAUUUUAUUUAUCGAUAUCAGAUCACUCAAACAAAGAUCGCUGUUAAUUGGAGAAUUGAUUAUUUGUACCCAGCCCUAGUUCUGAUGUAGCGGGGACAAUUUGAUGUUGCAUUCAGAAAUGGAACACUGCAACAGAUUUGCAGUGUUUACCCAAAAGUGAUCCAAAUUGAUUCCAGCUGCUUAAUGUUCUCCAAAACUCUACCUCUAAAUUAUUAAAUAUAAACUUAGCCUGCUUUAUUGCUCUAUUACUGCCACUCCACUCAACUCAUGUUUGACUUUGACAGAAUGCACUCUAGCUGUGGUCCUCCACACCACUUGCCAAGUAGCAGGAUUGCUGCACUAACAUCGGUAUAAGACUGUAAUGAUCAAACCCUGUUUAUCUAUGGCUCUGCCCACCACUAUUUCGACCCCCUCCCUCGUGUUACAGCAGUGAUGUAAUGGUGACCAAGUCUAACCCCAUUAGACCCCUUCAAAAUAUAACAAAUGAAAAAAAAAAACCGCACAAUGUAUAGUUGAUGUAUAGAUGUUGUACUAUAACUGUAUUGGACCAUCUGUAUGAUAUCUUCUAUCUGAUCUGUCUAUUGGACCAUUGUGUUGAUGCUACUGUACUAUAGACCACACGCACUACAAUAUCACCCAAACCAGAGACAUUUGGGCUGGUUCUGGCACUCCUGGAGGCUCCAGUGGCUCCAGUCCUUGCCACUUGUUAGUAAUACUGUAGGUAACUGUUUAAUAGUCAUAGUGAACCCUUUUUCAUCUCAACACAACAUUAAGAAAAAAGGGCAACCUGAGCUGUCUGAGCCGUCCCUCGUUUGGCCGGUUUUACUUGUGCUACACCAGUCUGAAAUUGGCUACCUCAGUGCCAGAACCAACCCACAUCAUUGCCGGGCGGUUCCCGGCCCAGCUCUGGCCCAGAGCCUUAUAUCUGAGAGUUGUGCCACUGAAUUUACUGGAGGCCUCGAGAAGUUGUAAAAGGAGACCCUCCUCAUCACAGCAGGAGACUCUUGUCGUUUCUUCAAUAAUGGGUAAUGAUG